AUGAGCAGCUUAUGGUAGCUCAACUUAUUAAAAAAACAGUUAUUAAGAAUUAGUGCAAUUAAGAUAAAUGUAAAUUUAAUAAUAAUUUCCCUGAAAGAAAGCUAAUAUAGUUUCUCUCAGAUCAAUUUUUAUGAAGUAAAUAUUUUAGAUUAGUAUAAGAAUACUUAUGCUUAAAGCACUGUCUUUAGUAGAGCUUCUUCAAAUUUUAUAUCAGUUUUUCUCCGUUCAUAAUAAUCUUUAAUUUUUUUUUUAUAAAGAGGAUUUAGAUAGUUUGGAAAUUCUGGAGUAUUAUAUUUUAACAUUAAUAGUUUAUAUAUGUAAGUGAGGCUGAUCUUAAUAUGAAAAUGUAUUUAAUUAGAUCAUGUCAAUGUAACCAUUGUAAAUAUCUUGAUUAUCAUCCUAUGCAUGCUUAUUAAAUAGUUUGUAAAUCUAAAGAUUUAAAUCAUAAUAUCUUCAACAAUACCUAGAUUUACAGAUCUUAUACUUUAGAAAACCCAAUUACAAAAGAUUUGAGUUAUGAAUGUUUAUGUAAAUUUUGUUUAUCUAUAUAUACUGAUUUAUCACAUAAAAAAUAAAUUGUUGUUUAAAAUGUGAAUUGA